GGAAUUCAAUUGACUUUCAUUCUCCUCUCAAUUUUCUCUUUGUCCAACUGUAUCGCGAUUUCCACAAUGGCAUCAAACCCUCCCUCCACUUGCUGCACAGUUGGCGUCAAGCAUGAAGGCCAGCCAGUUGGCAAGUCUAUCAAGAUUGGUUCUACUGAAGCCUAUGUCGCCGAGCCUACAGGCAAGACCGUUCACAAGGACACUGCCAUCCUGUUCCUUCCUGAUGUCAUCGGUAUCUGGCAAAACUCUCAAUUGAUGGCAGACCAAUAUGCCGCUAAUGGAUACUUCACCCUCAUGCCUGAUCUCUUCAACGGCGAUCCUCUCACCCUCAAUCGUCCUGAUGGCUUCGACUUUAUGGCUUGGUUGAACAAGGGAACUGGCGGAAACAACCCUCACACAUAUGAGGCUGUUGAUCCCAUCGUUGAGAAGUCCAUCAAGUACUUACAGGAGCAAGGAUACAAGAAGAUUGGAGCUGUCGGAUACUGCUUCGGCGCCAAGUACGUUGCUCGCUUCAUGGCAAAGGGAAAGGGUAUUGAAGUUGGCUACAUGGCUCAUCCUUCUUUCGUCGAUGAAGACGAGCUUGCUGCUAUCGCCGGACCACUUUCCAUAUCGGCCGCUGAGACCGAUGAGAUCUUCCCAGCCGAGAAGCGCCACAAGUCCGAGAUCAUCCUUGUCGAGACCAAGCAACCAUACCAAAUCAAUUUGUUCUCGGGCGUUGUGCAUGGUUUUAGUGUCCGUUGCGACGUGAGCAAGAAACAUGAGAAAUUUGCUAAGGAGAAGGCUUUCUUGCAGGCUGUACAAUGGUUCGAUGAGCAUUUGAUUUGACUGCGUACUCGAGUGAGAGGAGAGAAGCUAUGAUGAUGAACUAAGAAAUCGAAAUCAAGACAUUUUGCCCGGCACUCUUGUUUUUUGUGACAAUCCAACGCUGGGACUCAAACACUGCUCAUGCCCACAAGUGCUGAAACUUUGAUGUGUCCCGCAGGGGAUGUGAGUUGAUCUCUGAUCAACAGUAAAACAUGUUCUGAAAUUC